AAAAAGUAACAACAUGAAUUUCAAGAUCACUUUGGUUUUUGUCGCCCUCUGCAUGGCUUCGGCCUACACCUACCCCAAGAAUGCACUAAAUUCAGAUUGGGAUAUUUAUAUUCUUCAGUUUAUUGUUCAUGCCAUUGAGUUUGUUAUUGAUCAUAUCCUCCAAGACGCCCCAAAAUUCAUUGAAGAUAUUGACCAAAAAUGGCCUGACUUCCAUGAUGGCGAAGUGAAUGUCACUAAGAGUAUCGUUGGUUUUGUUUUCGAUUUUGUGAACAAUCGUAUAAACACUUGGUCACAAAUCGAUUUCAUCAACAAAACACUCGAGUGCAGCGGAGAUGAUUUUAUUGCUUUCGUCAAAACUUUGCCAACUUUAAUACAAGACCUUACUGAGGUUCAAGUAGAUGCAAAAAGAGCAGCAAACAAAAUUGAUCAAUGCCAUGGAGAUGAUGUAUCUACUGUUCUCUGCGUUUUGGAUAUUGUUUCUGACUUGGUCGAUGUUGCUAAGACUCUCGCAAUCAAAACUCACAAUCACAUCAAGCCGGUUGCAGAUCAAUGGAACGUAUUCGUCAACAGCACUUUCAACUGCGGGAUAGACAAUGUUGGCAGCUACAACCUUGCUGGGGGUAAAUGGUUACAGGAAGUUUACGCUUGUGUAUCUGCCUAAAUUUCCAAUUGGC